GCGAACACUCCUUGUACCUCAACCACCACCAUGGAAGGCUGGAGCAAGCUUCAAUCGAGCAUCGGCAGCCUCAACCUUGGCCAGAGUGCAAACAAAUUCGCCAAGGGCUUCAAUUCGAGCGUCCAGGCAACAAGGGAGCGAUUGGGCCAGGUAGCGCCAGAGGAGAUUACCGAGCUUCCACAGGAGUACAAGGAUCUUGAGAACCGUGUCGACUCCCUGCGGAAUGCCCAUCUUGCCUUGCUCAAGAUAGCGAAAGUCUACGAUCAUGAAGGUUAUGACUACCCUACUCAGAUCCAGGAGUCCAUCUCCGAACUGUCAACGUCCAUUGGCGCAGGCCUGACCAACUUUGCCGCCAACAACCUCAAGGGGACUAAUCUGCCUACGCCUGCACCUGUCGUAGCACCUCAAGCUCAGCACAAGACCCUUCCGCAUGCAUUGGGGCGGGCAGCCACGAGUGCGGCGCAGGGACUGGGUUCCGACGACAGGUUGGGCAGAGCGCUGGCGCUUUAUGCUGGAGGAUACGACAAAGUUGCCACGGCGAGGCUACAGCAGGACGAGAGCAUCCGUGUGGGAUUCCUCCACCCAUGGCAAACGACCUUGAGCACCUCAAUUCAGGUUGCGAUGAAGGCGCGCCAGGCGGUCAAAGUUAGCCGGUUGGAGUUGGAUGCUGCUAAGCAAACGCUGAAGAAUGCCAGCCCGUCCAAGCAGGAGCAUGCUAGACUGGAGGUCGAGAAUGCGGAGGACGAUCUGGUGCAGAAGACUGAGGUGGCCAUCACUCUGAUGAAGACGGUAUUGGAGAACCCGGAGCCCCUUAAGAACCUCAACGAACUCGCCAAGUCGCAGCUGAUGUUUCACGCAGCCGCAGCCGAGGCACUGUCGAGCGUGCAAGGUGAAAUUGAGGAGCUGAGCGUUGCAGCAGAGGGAGAGUAUAGGAAGUCCCGUGACCACUGAAGUCCCUCUAAAUUAGUUUAUGCUUGCUUCGGUCAAUUCUGUUUUUUGCUUUCUCACACCACGGACGUUCGGAAGAUUGUUUUAUUUCGUCUAACUAAACAUGUC